AUGCGUAUCCAGUCCGCAGCAGCGGCUAGUGUACAAGCUUUGCUACAGGAAAAUGCCAACUGUGUCGCACAUGUGCUACAAUCCAACUACUUUAAUCGCAUAGCUUCUCCCUCAAUUUCGGAGAGUUGGGAACGUGCUGCGUCACGUCCUCCAAUCAAUGUCAGUCCUUACGUACAUACACGUGACUGUGGUGGCCGUCGCCGUUCAACGGCUGCUAGCUGUCAGGCUGUUAUUGGUACGUUGCAUGAUGCCAUGCACGCUCUGCAUGUGGAUGAUACGAGCAGUUACCGUCGUGUUGAGAGUGAACUCUUUGGCGCUGAUUUACUCUUAGAUGCUUGUGUACUUGACUCACUUGUACCAAGGACGAAAGAGACACCAUAUCGCUACGUUGGACUUAAACACGUGAAAUAUCGCUCAUUAAUUGAUGAUCGACAUGCUGAAGAAUUUCUUUUAAUGGAGACUGUUGGACGUGGUGUUCAUCCUGUUUCGAAUUGCAAAUUUGUGUUUAAAAUGUUACGAUCUGUUGAUGUACCUGAACGAGAAUUUGAAAUGAGAAGCGCAAAUAGUCUUCACGCACAAUUGCAGGUACAUCGUGGCGCUAUUCACGCCAUGUUACUAGUACUAGCUGAAACGAAUCACCGUGGAAUACUCAAGAUGCAACUUUGGCUUGAUGUUGAACUCACGAAAUGUGCCGAUCCAUUCUACGGAGCUUUCUCUAGUCUACAUGAUGCCUACAGUCUAUCGAUUCGGUAUCGUCAACUUGUUGAACAGUAUGCGGCGACAAGUGGUGACGCUGCCAGCGCUGCGUCAACUAAAUCGUCUCGAUUUAAAAUUUUGACGUCACGCUCGAAUCGUGAACGCAAGUGUCAGACUUGUCAACGUGCACUUGGUUUCUUUUCACGAAAAAAGAAACAUCUCUGUAAUGUGUGUGGAAUCUUUGUUUGUUCUUCAUGUUUAUCAACUACAUCGUUUCAAGGCUGGAAACUCUGUGGUCUGUGCUAUCAACGUAACAAGCAUCUAGUUAAUCGAACGCGUGUGUCUAAACUUUCGUCUCUCGCGUCUGGAUUGGGUGGUACGUUGCAUUACAUUACGCGAAUUGGACGCAGCUAUAGUAGACAGCGAGACUCGAUAUUAUUCGCGACAGCUGAAGCUGCUGGAGAGCUUUCAGUGAACCCACUUCAAGACACAAAACAGCGGACAAAUGAACGCUUUGCGACGCGAGAAUCCGCGAGAAGACGACGUAUUGAAGACGAUGAGAUGUUGUUUGAUCAUGAUACUAAGCCACUUGCCAGGAGUGUCAUUGGAAUUCGUCAAGUGCAUAGUAAUGAAAGUCAUUCUGACUUCGGCUUUGCAGGAGUCCAUCGACCUCAUUCUGCUCAGAACCAACUCAGUAUGAGUCAAGGACCUAGUGUACGAAAGAAAACGAAUCAAGGACCAAGUGUACGGAAGGAGAAUUUGAGGUUGUCGCUUCUUCAAAAAGGCAGAAGCUCAUAUGAUCUAAACGAAGAGUUGAGCAAAGAAGUACGUUCAUCAUUCUUUGACGGGACGGAUGGAUCUAUUCGAGCUAGUCAAAUGGGCACCAAUCGCGUUCAAAUCACCCGAAGUGGCAGCAUGACUGACCAGAUUCUCGAGUCAGAAACUUUGUUGGACGUUAAAAACACUAGCGAUAGUACUAGUGACGGUUCCGAUAGCACUGAGAGCUCUGGUAGUCAAGAAAGCUCUACUUCCAAGACAGAGAUUCAGCGUGCAGCUCCACAGCGAGUACCAGCUCCAUCCUCCUCAAAACAAGAGGAACAACCCCGAUUGAGUAACUUUCCUCCUCGUCGAUCGAAUCACAUGCACAAUAAUAUUGCUCGAUCACGCUUGAGCAACUCAAGCAGUUCAUCGCCUUUCCUUCUAAACUCUUCAUCAUCUUCUUCAUCACAUAAAAGCGCAUUUCACGGCUGGGCAUCGGCUUCAGCUGGCCCACGUAUGGGAUCGACAACAAGCAUUUCUUCAAGGAGAAAAGCAAAGUUCGCGGGUGACGAUAAUCUUGUGUCGCCGUCUUGGCACACGGGUCUAGAUGAUUUGAGUACUCCUACGAAGCGAACGUCGAAUAUAUCAAACUAUGACGAGCAACCACAGCAGACUCGCGUCUACGAAUGGAUUUAA